UGAAGCGCCCUCAGUCGACGGCAAAUGAAGAGAGCUUUAGACUUGAGCUGGAGGAGCGAGACGGCAGACUGCAAGAAUCCUGGUGAAUAAAAUUCUGCUAUGACCAUCACGACCAUGAUCUAUUUGCCAGCUAUGCGUCUUGUUCGACGUGCUUUCAUCCCUCGGAGCAAUGUCAAAUGGAUGAAAACUACAUUGGUUGCACAUCAAAUGAAUGAAGAAUCAUCGUCUGUGCUAUGUAAACAAUACCAUCAGAAAGUCAGCAAUUAUGAGCAGACUAAUGAGAUAUCUACAGAACAGAAACAUCUACAAAACAAUGUUCCCUUUGCAAAAGCAUUGCUGGGUUCAUUUGUUCAAGUUCAGCCAAGUUUGGACAAUGUUUUUAAAGAAGACUCUUCACUCAAGGAUUACCUUCAGAAGCUUGUGCCUGAAGUGAUCCUGAAGAAAAUAACACCUGACUUGGAAGCUUUUGGCCAUCGAGUGGCCCAUGACAUUGACAAGCUGGGGAGAGAAUGUGAGCUGAAUCCUCCAGUGCUACAGACAUUUGAUGCUUGGGGAAACCGCACCGACAAGUUGAUAACUAGUAAUGCCUGGAAACAACAGAAAGUGAUUGCUGCUGAAGAAGGCAUUGUAGCUAUACCUUAUGAGCAAGAAUAUGGCCCCUUCAGUCGUGUAUACUGGGCAGCUAAGAUGUUGAUGUAUAACCCAUCCUCUGGCUUGUUCUCAUGCCCUGUUGCAAUGACUGAUGGAGCAGCCAGGUUCUUUCAGGAUAAUGGCAACAAGUAUUCAGUGAUUAAGGAGAGAGCUCUUCCUCACUUAACCUCCCGAAAUGGAGCUGAGUUUUGGACUUCGGGGCAGUGGAUGACUGAGAAACGGGGUGGAUCUGAUGUAGGUGAUGGAACUGAGACAGUGGCUGUGAAGCAGGAUGAUGGAUCAUUCAAGUUAUAUGGCCUGAAAUGGUUCUCAUCUGCUACAGACUCGGAUAUCACACUUACUCUUGCUCGCAUUGUGGACAGCGAUGGCAACUAUUCCAAGGGCACCAAAGGAAUCUCUCUAUUUUAUGUGGAGACAAGGAACAAAGAUGGUCAACUGAAUGGAAUUCAAAUCCAGAAACUGAAGGAUAAACUUGGUACACGACAGUUACCCACAGCAGAACUGCUUCUAGAUGGAACAGUGGCACAUUUGAUUUCUGACGAGGGACGUGGUGUUGCUGCAAUCAGCUCCAUGCUUACUAUAACUCGUAUUCAUAAUGCACUCUCAUCAGCUGCAAUCAUGAGGCGAAUGGUUCAUUUGGCCAGAGAUUACAGCCAGAAGAGAUAUGCCUUUGGCAAACUGAUAGCCAAUCAUCCGUUACAUAUGCAAACGCUUUCUAGAAUGGAGGUUGAGACAAGAGGUAAUCUCCUACUGGUACUGCGUUUGUGCCACCUGCUAGGUUUAGAGGAAUGCGGGGAGGCCACACAACAGGACAAGCAGCUGCUCCGUCUAUUGACACCUGUAGCUAAAUUGUACACUGCAAAACAGGCCAUAGCCAUUGCAUCAGAAGGCUUGGAGAGCUUUGGUGGUCAAGGAUAUAUUGAAGAUACAGGCUUGCCAGUCUUCCUGAGAGAUGCACAGGUCCUGAGCAUCUGGGAGGGAACUACCAACAUUUUAUCCCUAGAUGUUCUUCGCUCCAUAGCCAAGACCUCAGGAGGUAGCUUGACAUCAUUUUUUUGUGACAUCCAGUCUCGACUUAUCCCAUUGGUAACAUCAACCAAUUCUGAUAUUAGAUGGUGUUAUGAAGAGAUCAACAAAGCCUGCAAGGACAUAUCGUCAUUUGCAGAAUCAGCCAGUAAAGAUGAGACAUUGAUGACUGUAGCUGCACGUGACUUUGCUACUAGCCUGGCCAGGACCUAUAUUGCAAGCCUCCUGUUGGAUCAUGCAGCAUGGGAUCAGGCAAAGGAGCUGGACAUUGCAGUAGCAAAAAGGUGGUGUGAGCAGUGUUUGUGUCCAGUGGUAACUAAUAGCGUUAGUGGUGCGUACACACCAGAAGGAUUGCAUCAUGAUGCACAUAUUGUUAUGGAUGGUUACAGUACAAGCCAAAUGUGAAAGGAAGCUGCGUCAAUCUACUACAUGUACAUGUAUAUAAUAGGAAUAUAGUCAAGACAGAUGCAGAUUGAUGUCCAAAGUGUAUGGACUUGAUUUGUGAUUGUAUCUCCAGCAAUGCCUUUACUAGGCAGUGCUAGGAUAUUACAGGAUAAACAUUUGGUAUUCAUUUCAUUUGGAAUCGAUCGUUCUACUAGAGCUUUUUUUGUAAAUUAAUUAAGUAUAAUUAACGUUAUCUUUAAUUUUGUCUUCACAUUUGCAUUGGAAUGUUACUGUUAAUUUGCUCUACCGUUAAACGUGUUUAGUCAGCACUUCAAAUUUGCUCUGACAGCAAUGUCAAUUUGUUGCUAAGCAUCAGGACAAAAAGCAGAAUAUUGAAAUUUAAUCCAAAUAUCAACCUCACAAAGGUUCUGGGUGAUAUUUGAUUAUGACUAAAGAUUUCAUUUUUCUUUCAUUUGUGGGUACAGAAUGCUUAAUAAGACCACAUCAGAGACAAUAAUUGUACAUGUAUAUAUGUACAUACUUUUAUGAAAUAACUGAUAUUUUUAUAAACUUCAUAUAAUUUUCUUCAGCAAUGCAUUUACAAUAAGCAGGGCCAUUUCUUGCUAAACUUAUCAAGUCUGUAAUUGGCCAGGGUUUGAUUCAGUAGCAAUAAAUGCACCGAGUCACAGCUCAAUAUGGAUGCUAUACCACGUGUAGUAAACUUCUGGGGUUUUUUGUAGCCACAUGUGCAUAGCAAGCAGCAUAGCAUUCACAUACAAAUACAAUUGUUUUCAGUGUACCCCAAUAAAAAAAUGAUGAGUGUUCCUUGACUCAAAAUUACUGACUUGAACAAAGUGAUCUUCGCUUCUAAACAACCAUGGAACUUGCUAGCAUAUUUGAGUACCGUUUCUUUGGUGCAGUAAGUUGUAAAUACUCCCUAAACAACUCUGAACAGACAUAUACACGUAAAGGAUUUGUAAUUAUACUUAAAGUUUUAGCUUUAAUAAGUUUUGCUGGGCUGACUUGUUUCAACCCUUUAAGAAUUGAUAUUAAGAGAUCAGGAACCAGUCAACUUGAAUUGUUUGUAGGCAAAAGCAAACCAUAAUGAACGUUUUUAGACGAUUGCAGACAGCCAAAAUAGAUAAAGCAAUUGUUUUUGUACAAAUAAAAGCCCCAAAGGUCAAAAUUUGAGAGAACAAAAAUGGAAUUUGUUGAAGAGCACAGACCCUAACUCUUGAAUUAUGUCUCCAAAUCCAUGAGUUCAUUGAGUAGAACUAUAUCAAUUUACUGUAUUCGCCACAUAUGUUUUAUAACCAGCCCUUUAAAUGAGCUUUUACACCAAUCUCAUUCUAUUGCCCUUCUUAUGGGGUUCUAAGUGUCCUUACAAAAAAAAGAAGGGAAUAGCACCAUUUGCAGUCAUCAGCCGACAUUUGAAGCCAAAAAAAAAAAAAAAAAACAGGUAAAAAAAAAAAAAAAAAAAGCCGCGUCGCCGCACCACUUUUGGGGCAAGCUCCAUACCAGAAACCGGAGACUUUUUUUUUGUUGGCCAAAUCCACAUUUGCCUGAAAAAAAGCCUCAAGGAUUUGUUUUUUCAUAUUAGUAAAGGAUGUUUUGAUUUCGAAAAUGCUGUAAUUAUAUGAGUACUUUAUACAGUGAUUGUACAUUUAAUAUAGUUGGUAUAUCAUGUACUAAAGUGUUUUGUUCUUUAAUCUGAAAUCAUUAAGUUUGUUUAAUAAGUAAAUUAAUCAGUUUAAUAUUCUGUAUCUGCCUGUUCGCUGCCACAAAACACCCUUUUAACAAGGUUCCUUUGUUUUGGCUCAUUUUUUUGGGGUGGAUAAUAACAUUGUAUUUAUCUACAAACCAGUUGACCCAAAUAUUUACAACUGUAUUUGUCCUGACAUAGCCUCAGCAAGUCCCAGUAAUGAAUACUGCGCUUGUCCAAUUUUUUGACAAUAAUUUUAUUUUUACAAAUAACGUCGUAAUAGAUACUGGGCUCGUCCAAUUUUUCGUCAAUAAAACAUUUUUUCUUACAAAUAAUAUUGUGAUGGAGAAA